AUGCUAACACGUUGUUUGGGGUGCGGUGCAUCUGUCCGUCGCAGAGGACUGGUGAAUCAUGCACUCAGAAGCCAGAACCCUAACUGCCGAAACCAUGAUCAGAUCAUCGACGACUUAUCAGACUCGGAUUUUGAAGACUUACCUUCAGGAGUGAAUAGCCAACACUCCGAGAACCCUCCAACUCCCAACUCGUCCACCUAUCACCCUCCCCCGCUGGUCCCUGACACCUUGCACGAGGUUCCGGACAAUCCUGCCAGUCCCGCCGAUAUCCCAUUGACCAUCGAGAUUGAUGUCGGCCGUGAUUUCUUCGGUGAACACGGAAUUCUUCUUGACGAGGUGUUUCAGUCGUCAGAACCCUCCGCUUACAAGACCGACAACGACUGGGAGGAGGGAGAUAGUGAUAGCGAAAGCGAUGGAAGCGACACCACAGACGAGCAGGAAGACGACGAUGCUUUCGACGAAGACGCAGCUGUUGCCCAGGCCGAGUUUGGAUUGGAACCUGACCGCGUAAUGCCACGUGAGGAACAAGCCGGGGACAGUUUAUACAACACACCAAUGGAAGAUGUCGCUUCUAGUGGGAAUACACCUUUACGACUGCGGGGAGGUGCAGAGGAGGGCUUGAAACUUCAGCCUUUCGUGGUAAGGUAUCAGAAAGAUGCCGAAGACCACAGAAGGACGAGUCAACCCGGCGCUGCAUAUCACCAAGAGCACAUCAGAGAUUCCACCAAUCUGUAUGCACCGUUCUCGUCGAAGUUGGAGUGGGAGAUCGCACGGUGGGCAAAGCUUCGGGGACCUUCCUCGACAGCCUUCACGGAGCUGAUGGCUAUUGACGGGGUGGCCGAUCGUUUGGGUCUCUCCUUCCGGACCUCUGCGCAGUUGAAUGCCAUUAUCGACAAGCAUCUUGUUGGGCGCCCAUCGUUUACACGACAAGAAGUAGUCGUGGGCGGGGAAGUUUGCGAGUUCUUCUAUCGGGAUGUCAUAGAAUGUGUUAAAGCGCUGUUUGGUGACCCUGAUUUUGCUCCUUACCUGGUUUUUUCACCAGAGAAGCAGUACACCAACGAGCAGCAAGACUGUCGCGUGUAUCAUGACAUGCAUACUGGGCGGUGGUGGUGGGCGACACAGGAGGCGAUCGAACGUGAGAAGCCUGGCGCAACGGUUGUUCCCAUCAGCCUUUCAACCGACAAGACUCUCCUUACACUUUUCCGCAAUAAACAAGCCUAUCCCUUGUACUUGACAAUUGGAAACAUCCCGAAGGAAAUACGGCGCAAGGUGUCAGCCCAUGCGUACAUUCUACUGGCCUACCUUCCUAUCACCAAACUCGAAACCGUCACCAACAAGGCCUCCCGCCGUCGACAGUUGAACAAUUUAUACCAUGCUUGCAUGUCGUUUGUGCUGAAGCCACUCGAAAAGGCAGGAGUUACGGGCCUGAAGAUGGUCACUGGCCAUGGCCUUGCAUAUCGCGGUCAUCCUAUUGUGGCAACGUUUAACGGUGACUACCCGGAGCAGACGCUCGCAACCGGAGUUUUCCAAGGGGAAUGCCCUACGUGCGGUAUUCCCCAUGACCAGCUCGGGGAAUGCGGGGUAGAGCAUCCACUACGCGACCUGGAUCGGGUGCUCGAUAUAAUCGACUCGUUCGAUGAAGAUCCAGCCGGUUUCCUCAAGACGUGUCAAGACGCUCGCAUCAAGCCUCUGGCCUCGCCUUUCUGGAAGAAUCUCCCCUACGUUCACAUCUACCAGGCCAUCGCUCCCGAUAUCCUCCACCAACUCCAUCAAGGCAUCUUCAAACACCUCGUUGCAUGGGUCACUUCAGUUUACGGACCUGUUGAGAUCGAUGCGCGUUGUCGACGCCUACCACCCAACCACAACAUCCGCCUAUUCAUGAACGGUAUCUCCAGCCUCAGUCGAAUUACAGGCCAAGAACACGAUCAAAUAUCGCGAAUCCUGCUGGGGCUCAUUAUCGACAUCCGCAUCCCGGGAGGCUACUCCUCCACUCGAGUUGUCCGGGCAGUCCGGGGCCUCCUCGACUUCCUAUACCUUGCCCAGUACCCUAUCCACACCGACGAAACUCUCGCAAUCACCCAGGAAGCCCUCAAGAUGUUCCACGACAACAAAUCCGUCUUCAUCGACCUAGGGAUCCGAGAACACUUCAACAUUCCGAAGCUUCAUUUUGCUACACAUUGGGUCGAGAAGAUAAAGCUUUUCGGGACUGCUGACAACACUGAUACCCAGUACACCGAACGACUUCACAUCGACAUUGCAAAGGACGCAUACGCAGCAACCAACCACAAGGACGAGUUCAAUCAAAUGACAUUGUGGCUCGAGCGACGGGAAAAGAUCUUCAAGCACGAACAGUACAUUCAAUGGAGGCUCGAUGGUGGGAAGCUGCCCCAGGUCCGGCGUUGGAUUCCCCCAGGACUCGAGCUCGACCAGUUUCGAGAAUUGUCCAAGCACCCCUCUGCCCGGAAGAUUAGGAUUGAGACACUUGUCAACGACUAUGGCGCAGUCCAUUUCAAAAUGGCGUUAGCUCGGUUUGUUUCACGUCUCAAUAACCCGGACCAGACGACAGCACAGCUCGAGCGUUCCGUUUGGGAUGUUCGCAUUCCUCUCCAGAAAUUCCAUGUCUGGCAUCGCAUCAAAUACCGACGACAGGACACCUAUACAGGGGACAUCUCGACUGUCGACAGCAUUCACUGCCGCCCAGAAACGACGGACAAACACGGACGUCCUGUUCCAGCUCGGUUCGACACCGCUCUGAUCAACUUGGGCUCAGGGAGAGACACAGGGCUGGAUGGUUAUCGUGUUGGACGAGUUCGCGUCGUCUUUUCCCUUCCAGAGCGGGUACACAGGCUUAUGUUCAGUCCCGGGACCUCCAUUCCAUCCCACCUGGCCUAUAUCGAAUGGUUCUCGCCAUUCGAGGACGAGCCCGACCCUAACCACGGCCUGUAUAGGAUCAAAUCAACACGAAGUCGAGAAGGUCAUCUUGCCAGCAUUGUCCCUGUGGCAAAUAUUCGUCGAAGUGUCCAUCUUUUCCCCCACUUUGGACCGGUGGCACCGCCUGAAUGGAAGAGUAGCAAUGUUUUGGACCUCUGUAACGUCUUCCAUCUUAACCCGUUCAGUCACAAGACCCAAUAUCGCAUCGUUACUUAA